AUGGCCGCUGCUAUAGGCCUCCUCCUCCGUCUCCGCUCCUGUGCGCUCCUCUUCCUCUUACUCUUCCUCGCCGCCUUCUGCAAGCUGACGGCUGCGCGGCCCAUGCGGACCCGCCCGAGCAAACGCCUCGCUCAUCUCCCCAGUCAGCUCCUCUGGGAGCUCGAGAAACUCGCCCGCCAUCGUCGACAUCUCGUACUGCGUAGGCACCGCUGGCCUGGGCAUCCAGAAGCCGUUCCGCUGCGCGAGCCGCUGUGCCGACCGCGACUUCGACACGUUCGAGCUGGUCACGCCGACUCGUGCGGCUACAUUGCCCUCUCCCACUCUCCCACCAACCCGCGCCUUAUCCUCGCUUUCCGCGGCACCUAUUCCAUUGCCAACACCAUCGCCGACCUCUCCACCAUCCCCCAGGACUAUGUGCCAUAUCCUGGCCGCGACGACCAUGAGACAACCUCCGACUUCCUCGUCCCGAGACAGAACGACCAAGACCCGCCGCCUGCGGACCCCCCAAAGUGCCAGAACUGCACCGUCCACACCGGCUUCUACUCGUCCUGGCUCAACACGCGCAAUGUCAUUCUACCACACGUGACCGAAGCGUUGGAAAAGUUUCCAAACUACAAGCUGGUCUUGGUGGGCCACUCGCUGGGCGGCGCCGUGGCAGCACUGGCAGGUCUCGACUUCAACGCACGUGGAUGGGAUGCCCAUGUGACCACCUUCGGCGAGCCCAGACUCGGCAACAACGAGUUCAGUAACUACAUCGAUGAGCGCUUCAACAUCACCCCGCACCACGAGUCCAACAAGUUUCAUCGUGUCACGCACGCUGGCGAUCCAGUGCCCCUGCUUCCGCUCGCCGAAUGGGGCUACAGCAUGCACAGCGAGGAGAUAUUCAUCUCCGAGACAGACUUGCCCUUCUCCAUUGCCGACGUGCAGUACUGCGACGGUAACGAAGACGUCCACUGCAUUGCUGGCAGUGACCGUGACCGCCCCUCCUGGGCUGUACCGGCCCGCUUCAAGUUUUGGCAGCUGUUCUUUGCACACAGAGAUUAUUUUUGGCGUCUUGGUCUUUGCCUGCCUGGUGCAAGCACCGAUCCUGCCGAGUGGUAUCCGAAGAACCCCACAGACGAUCAAAUCCCUGAGCUUGAAGAACUAUAA